AUGCAAGCAUACAAGUUUGUCGGCACUACCGGCGUACUGAGAGCCUCUGCACGGCAUUUCCUCAAGAGCUUCUAUCUGCGUUUUGCCUCGACCACAUUUCAGCGAUACUCACUUUCAGCCCGAGAAUCUUCCGCACACCCAACUGACUUGCUUCCUACGGAUUUCGCCUCCGUCCCAGCGAUAUCAUCAUCAAAUACCGCCUUAUCGUCCUCCGCAGUCGCCGCCGAGCCUACUUGCGACGUCUCCAGCGACGCCGACGGCGGCGCUGGCCCCGGCCUAGGCAGCCUUCGUGAUGCUGCCGCUGUCUCCGCUGCCUCCGCCGCGGAGGAAGGCCCGCUGCCGCCGGGCUUGUACGUCAUUCCCACACCAAUUGGCAACCUGCGCGACAUCACUCUCCGAGCCUCUGACACGCUGCGCCGUGUCAAUCUGCUGCUAGCAGAGGACACCCGCCACACACGCAAGCUGCUGAACUUCCUGGGCAUACGGCACCUGGAGGUUCUUAGCUGCCACGAACACAAUGAAAAACAGCGGCUGGCCAGGGUGAUGCAACGGCUGCAGCAGGGGGAGCCCGUGGGGUUGGUUAGCGACGCGGGCAUGCCGGGCAUCUCUGACCCCGGUCAUAUCGUGGUGGCGGCGGCGGUGGCGGCGGGUGUGCGGGUGGUGGCGCUGCCGGGGCCGUGCGCCUUCGUGACGGCACUGGUGGGCUCGGGACUGCACACGGGGUCCUUCACCUUCGCGGGCUUCCUGCCACCAAAAUCAGGUGCGCGGCGCCAGGCGCUGGAGCGCCUUGCCGCCCAGCCCGGCACCCUGGUGCUUUACGCGGCCCCCCACGGCCUGGCCGCCGUCCUGCGGGACUGCGUGGAGGUGCUGGGGGGCAGUCGCCGCUGCUGCGUCGCCCGGGAGAUCAGCAAAGUGCAUGAGGAGUACUUUAGGUCGACACUGGAGGGUGCGCUGCGGGAGUUUGGGGAGGUACGUGAGGCACGCGGGGAGAUCUGUCUGCUCAUAGAGGGCUGCGGCGGGCCGUUGGGGCUGAGGACAACUGCUUCGUCGGCGGAAGGCGGUGCUGGAGCUGGUUUCGGAACCGGAGCAGCGGCUGCUGCAGCGGGUGUUGGUUCUGGAGCCAUAGAGCGGGUGCUGCGGGAGCUGCUGGAGGCGGAAAUGCCCGUGUCUGCGGCGGUGAAGGAGGUGGUGGCCAACCUGGGGGCCAACAAGAAGGCCGCAUACACCACAGCGCUGAGACUCAAAGAGCAGCUCGCACGCAAGACCGACACAACCCCGACUGACGACACAACGCCGACGUGA